GUCUCGCCGGCCUCCCUCCUCCACACCCCGCCAACCCCUACCCCGCACCCCGCACCCGCCCGCCCAGGAGAGGAAACGGUCUGGCGACCGCCAAACUCGACCCAGACUUGGGAGCUGAGGCGCCAGAAAGAGGCUGAUCGCCACCCCGGCUGUGUACUGCGGGAGUCCGGUCAGCACCGCCUUGAGCCAAGGGCAGGCGGUUCCCACCGGCUGAUUCCCAGGGCCUGGCUGUGGCCUGAGGCUUCAACUGUCCACGCAGAAAGGAGCAGUACUCCUCCCCCGGCGCCAAGUAGAUCUACAUAACCAUGUCUUCCAUUAAGACUGAAUGUGUUUUGCUGGAGAAAUGCUGGUGUGGGGAAUCUCCUGUGUGGGAGGAAGCAACUAAUUCUCUACUCUUUGUGGAUAUUCCUGCAAAAAAGGUUUUCCGAUGGGAUCCGCUUAGCAAGCAAGUGCAGCGAAUGAGCGUGGAUGCCUCAGUCAGCUCUGUGGCCCUGCGCCAGUCAGGAGGCUAUGUCGCCACCAUUGGUACAAAGUUCUGUGCUUUGAACUGGGAAGAUCAGACAGUGGUCACCCUGGCCACUGUAGAUAAAGACAAGAAAAACAAUCGAUUCAAUGAUGGAAAGGUGGACCCCACUGGGAGAUACAUUGCUGGCACCAUGGCUGAGGAAACGGCCCCUGCAGUUCUGGAACGUCACCAAGGAUCUCUGUAUUCCCUCUUUCCUGACCAUCAUGUAGAAAAAUACUUUGACCAGGUGGAUAUCUCCAAUGGCUUGGACUGGUCUCUAGACCACAAGAACUUCUACUACAUCGAUAGCCUGUCCUACUCUGUGGAUGUCUUUGACUAUGACCUGCAGACUGGAAAGAUCACCAACCGCAGAAGCAUGUACACGAUGGAGAAAGAAGAACAAAUUCCAGAUGGGAUGUGCAUUGAUAUUGAGGGGAAGCUGUGGGUGGCCUGUUACAAUGGAGGAAGAGUGAUUCGUUUAGAUCCGGAGACAGGGAAAAGACUCCAAACUGUGAAAUUGCCUGUGGAUAAAACAACGUCAUGCUGCUUUGGAGGGAAGGAUUACUCUGAAUUGUAUGUGACCACAGCCAGAGAUGGAAUGGCCCCUGAGGGUCUUGUAAAACAACCAGAAGCUGGUGGAAUUUUUAAGAUAACUGGCCUAGGAGUCAAAGGGAUCCCUCCCCAAGCCUAUGCAGGUUAAAUAACAGGUCUUUCUUACUGAAAAACAGAAAUUCUUACUGGGAAUAUCUGAAAGCAAUUAGAAAAUUUUGGCUCUGAAAUUUCAAUCUAAUUAAAAAGAAUGAAACAAUGUUAUGAUUACAUGAGAUUAGACUUUUAUUUACAAUUUUCAAAGGUAUGGGAAUUGUAUAAUUGUCAACCGGUCUCUUGAUUCUUUGCAAAUUGCUGUUCUUUAUUCUGUGUCCCAUUUUAUUAUACCUAAUGCUUAAAAAACAAUAAAUAGAAGCAGUUCAUGA